AUGAGCGAUCCGACACCGCCUGGCUACUCGACAGCCGGGCAGACGGGCUCAGUCCUCAUCAACCUCGCCCCCCCUCCGGACUCGGGCGCGACGUUUCAGGUCGGCUACCUCGGUCACGGGCAGGCUUCUAUCGAGGGCGAGGUACAGAUCAAGUAUGCAGGCGGGGAGGAGGAGCGGCGGCCCGCGUUCAGCCGACUGGAGAUCGAGUUUAGGGGUGUCGAGCAAGACGGUCAAGCCGAGGGUAUCGAGUUAUUCGACUCGAAGAAGGUCAUUUGGGGCGUAGGAGCCGCAGGGAGCUCGUCCGAGGGCGACACGGGGUCGUUCCCGCCGAGUUCAAUCCCCUUCAAGCUCGACCUCACUCCCGACCUCCCGAAAUGCCUUCACGUCGGGACUUCCUCGCUAGAGUACACCCUUACUACGACACUCUACUCCUCCAAUCCCGACGUCCUGCCUAUCCUCCAAUGCUCGCCAGUACAUCUUACCCGCCGCUCCCCGCCGGGCUCGUUACUCGCGAGCGGCAGCGCCGCCGCCUUGGUCAACCCUCCCGCCUCGACUUCGCCCGUGACCGUCUCCGCACAAGAUCCCCUCGCCUUCUCCCUCCGCCUCCCGCGCACCGUCUUCCGCCAAAGCGAACCCAUCGAGCUUGUCACUCGCAUCGAGGUGCCCGACUCGAAGCGCGUUGGCGCUGGCUUGCGCUUACGCACCGUCAGUGCCGAGCUCGUCCGGACCAUCACGGUCUCGCCGGCGACACGUACGAGUCGAGCGCUGGAGGAGGAUGAGGGAGGAAAUGUUGAAGACGAGGCGGGGAAAGUCGUCCAUCGCACCGUACUUGCACACUCGGGCAAAUCGGCGCGCUUCUCGCCUUCGCGACCGAUCGUCAUUCGCCUCGUCCUACAUCCGCCCGCCGAGCCAAGCUGCGAGACGAUUACGCAGGCGACCAUCCUACAUUCUGUCGACUUCAGCGUCGUCGUAACCGUCGGUUUGGUCAACAUCUCGACAGCAUCCAGCUCGAGCGGGACCUCCGCGAGCACUUCUUCCGCUCAACCGGCGACAAUCGACGCCGUCCUCUCGCGCAACAUCCUCAUCGUGCCCGACACGCCAUCAGGUCGAUCCGACAAGCAGAAGGAGGUCAUUCGGGAUCUCGCAGAAGACGCGACCGAGUCCAGCGAGUCGUGGAGGCAGGUGGAGGCGCCUGUGCCGACCUACGUCGAGAAUUCGGAGCUGGACGACGGCGUACCUGCUGCUUCGGGCUCGCGGUGGCCAGGCGAGAGCGUAAGAGAAGACAAUACUAGGCAAGUGCCGCUCGCGUACAUCGAGACGGGCGACGAGGAGGAGUAUGACGGCUACGAGGACGUCUCGCUCGCUGCGACUCUCUCGGACCGACCGCCUCCGCCUCGCAUCGACGACGACGUCAGUCCGCCGUCAGUCGGCGAACCAUCAAGCUCGCUUGGCUUGCAGAUCGCCGCUGCGGCUGGCGACGUGAUCAACGAAGCAGACGAAGGCGACCCGCUCACACCCCCUCCGAACGACUUUGCCGCCUACCCACUCCCUCCACCUCCGCACUCGCACGCCCCCUCAACUCGCCACUCAAGCAUCUCCUCCCCUCCCCCGCUCUUUCAAUCGCACGCCUCGCCCGCCUUGCUCGAACCCGCCACCCCUCCUCCACACAUCGACUUCCCCCCUCUGCCCUCCCUCGCAACAGACGACUUCACUUCGACCCCUUACGACCCUCCGCCUUCUGAGCCUGCGUCACCGGCAUCGGGAGAUCCUCCGCCGUUGUCGCCCUUCUCGCAGGGAUUGCAGGGACUGCCGCCGCCUUACUUUGGAAGUCCUGCGCGGACGCCGGAUGCAGUGCAGGGAGAGGUGUCGUACGAGGCGAUGGAGCGUGGAGGAGGAGGAGGCAGUCUGUCGGGUGGGAGCGAAGCGUCGGUCCGAGAUCGGUCUGUCAGCGCUGAGGAGGAGGCGGCUGGAAGGGCGGACGAGGAUCAAGGUCGGCCGCCGCCUUACGAGCAGCGGCAGGAAGGCGGAUACGAGGAGGGUGUGCAGAUGUUGAGGUAUGGCGUCAACAGGCGAGGCGAGGUGGUGCUGUAG